UUCCCGCCAGGCGUGCUCCUCCCCUUUAAGGCGCACUACAAGGGCUGGGCCCCGAUGACUUCUUCAAGGCGCGGCCGGCGCCCGGCGGCAGAAAAAGCGGCUUAAAGGCGACGCGUGGCGCUAUGGCGGCGGCCCCACGGGCGUGCCGGCGGCGCUGGCGGCCGCUGCCGGCGCUGCUGCUGUUACUACUGCUGGUGCCACCGCCUCCGGGGGGCCCACCAGGCACCGCCGCCUACUUCCCUGAGGAGCGCUGGAACCCAGAGUCGCCGCUGCAGGCGCCGCGCGUGCUCAUAGCUCUACUGGCUCGAAACGCGGCCCACGCGCUGCCCACCACGCUGGGUGCGCUUGAGCGGCUGCGGCACCCCCCAGAGCGCACGGCGCUAUGGGUGGCUACGGACCACAACAUGGACAACACAUCAGCCGUGCUGCGGGAGUGGCUAGUGGCUAUGAAGAGUUUAUACCAUUCUGUGGAAUGGAGGCCAGCAGAGGAACCCAGGUCCUACCCAGAUGAAGAGGGCCCCAAACACUGGUCUGACUCUCGCUAUGAGCACAUCAUGAAGUUGCGCCAGGCAGCCCUGAAAUCAGCUCGGGACAUGUGGGCUGAUUAUAUCUUGUUUGUGGAUGCAGACAAUCUGCUGCUCAACCCUGACACGCUGAGCCUGCUCAUUGCUGAGAACAAGACAGUGGUUGCCCCAAUGCUGGAUUCCCGGGCUGCGUAUUCCAACUUCUGGUGCGGAAUGACUUCCCAGGGCUACUACAAGCGCACACCUGCUUACAUCCCCAUCCGCAAGCGGGACCGCCGGGGCUGCUUUGCGGUUCCCAUGGUGCACUCGACCUUCUUGAUCGACCUGCGAAAGGCAGCAUCCAGGAACUUGGCCUUCUAUCCACCCCACCCUGACUACACCUGGUCGUUUGAUGACAUCAUCGUCUUUGCCUUCUCCUGCAAACAAGCAGAGAUCCAGAUGUAUGUAUGCAACAAGGAGGUAUAUGGCUUCCUGCCGGUGCCACUGCGGUCCCACAGCACCCUCCAGGACGAGGCUGAGAGCUUCAUGCAUAUGCAGCUGGAGGUCAUGGUGAAGUACCCACCAGUGGAGCCCUCCCGGUUUAUUGCGGUGCCCACGAAGACGCCUGACAAGAUGGGCUUUGAUGAGGUCUUCAUGAUCAACCUGAAGCGGCGGCAGGACCGGCGGGAGCGCAUGCUUCGCGCACUUCAGGAGCAGGAGAUCGAGUGUCUCCUGGUGGAGGCGGUGGAUGGCAAAGCCAUGAACACCAGCCAGGUGGAGGCGCUGGGCAUCCAGAUGCUGCCUGGUUACCGGGACCCCUAUCACGGCAGGCCACUCACCAAGGGCGAGCUAGGUUGCUUCCUCAGCCACUAUAACAUCUGGAAGGAGGUGGUGGACCGGGAGCUACAGAAAUCACUCGUAUUCGAAGACGACCUGCGUUUUGAGAUCUUCUUCAAGAGGCGCCUUAUGAACCUCAUGCGGGACGUGGAAAGAGAAGGCCUAGACUGGGACCUCAUCUACGUGGGCCGGAAGCGAAUGCAGGUGGAGCACCCCGAGAAGGCUGUGCCCCGUGUGAGGAACCUGGUGGAGGCUGAUUACUCUUACUGGACCCUGGCCUACGUGAUCUCCCUGCAAGGCGCCCACAAGCUGCUAGCUGCCAGGCCACUCGCCAAGAUGCUACCUGUCGAUGAGUUCCUGCCUGUUAUGUUCGACAAGCACCCAGUGUCUGAGUAUAAGGCCCACUUCUCCCUCCGCAACCUUCGUGCCUUCUCUGUGGAACCCCUGCUUGUCUACCCAACGCACUACACGGGGGAUGACGGGUAUGUGAGUGACACAGAGACCUCGGUCGUAUGGAAUAAUGAAAACGUCAAGACUGACUGGGACCGUGCCAAGUCCCAGAAGAUGCGGGAGCAACAGGCACUGAGCCGUGAGGCCAAGAACUCAGAUGUGCUCCAGUCCCCGCUGGACAGUGCUGCCCGUGAUGAACUCUGAGGGGCAGGAGUCAAAAUGCCAAAGCAGCCAUUGCUGGCCCGCCCUCCACAUGCUCACCAGGGAUAGCAGGGCUACCUAUGGUCUCCUGGGCAGGCCACACAGGACUCUCCAUGCAGGGUAGUGUCCAGCCAGCUCUUGCUCAGCAAGCACAUGCAUACAGGCAGCAUUAAUGGAGUACCUACUGCAUACCAGAAAUAGGGCUUGGCAAUAGGGAAUUGGGAGGAACAAAGCCCUCUUCAUUCCACUUGUUAAGCACCUGCUGUCUACCAGGUUCCUGUUAUGACAGUGAAUGAGGCUUAAUCCAUCCAACACUGAUUCAUUUAUCAAGCAUUUAUUGAUCAGAUUUACACAUUUGUUUUUAAAAUUAGUUCAAAUAUUUAUUGAGUGCCUACUGUGUAUUAGGCACUAUCCAGGCUCUGGGAAUAUUAAUAUAAAUGACAGUCAUUCAUUUAUUCAAACAUAUAUCAGGUACCAGCCUGCUGUGUGCAGGAAGGUGAGCUAGGUGAUGGGGAUGGAGGGAAAUAAGAUGCUUUUCACUCUAAAUUGGUUUCUUCCACACACUUCUUAGGAACCCGGCACUAGUGAUUCAAAACAGUAUGAGAGUUGUUCAGUCAGCAUUUUUGAUCAUCCACUAUAUGCUGGGCUGCAUGUCAGGUGCUGGGGCAUAGAGGUGAACUAUAUGAGUAUCUUUAUUUUUACAUACCACAACCAUUUAUUGAGUACCUAAUGUGUGCCAGGGCUCCUGAUUCCCAGUUGGAUUGAAGAGGGUUCAACUUAAGUUUGGUUCCUCCCUGUCCCCCCACCCACCUGAGCUGUGUGCAGACAACAUCCCCCCACCACCCAGGAGGGAGGGAAGCACUUUCCAUACCAGGGGCAACCACAGGUCUCAGUGGGCACAUGGCCACAGGCCAGCCCCCCUGGAGGGGGCAUAAGAGGUGAGGGCUGGGUCUCCCUCACCCAACCCUGGUUCCAUUCACUGACCUCCCUGCCCUUGUGUCUCAGGUGUGGUCUCUGCCUGCUUGAUGAAGUUCCUUUGUUCAAGUGUUUGGUGAGAUCAUGUGUUUGGAGGGCUUGUAGGGGCUCAGCUGCAUUGGGGCACUGCCCAUAGCCUGGGCAGGAUGUUCCCCAGCAAGGGCUGGAGGAUUUGAUAUGCCUUCACCCUGAAUUGAAUGUCAGAGCCAGCCAGUGGUGCUUCACCCUGUUGGGAAUAACUUGCUUAUUUUUUUAUUAAAUGUUCAUGGUUGGUUCA